CCUGUCGCUUGCGCCACUAUUCAGAUCACCCAGAGUAUCAUGAAAAACUUUGUCAAUGUCAACUUUUACUCUUUUUGUUCUUCAUGUAUUUACUCUGUUAUCAACAUUGGGCACAGGGAAGGUGAUUGCCCGAAUCGGAGAAAAAUACGUUUUCUCUGCGACAGAAGAAGGAUUCCAGUUGGAUGGAAAAAAGUUUAACGUUUACGCCGGCGAGGUUCACUAUUUUAGAAUUGCGGCAUGUGGAUGGGAAGAUCGAUUGAGAAAGUUGCAGAGAGCGGGCCUCAACACUGUGUCAACUGCCGUUGAAUGGGCCAUACACCAUCCGAAUCGAAAAAGCUGCGACUUUAAUGGGGAUGCAAACUUUACCCGAUUUGUAGAAUUGGCUCAGAAGUUGAACCUAUUUGUCAUAGUUCGAGCUGGACCUUUCAUCGGAGUUGAUCGAAACCUUGGAGGAGUUCCAGGAUGGAUCUUAACCCAAUCCGGAUUAAAAGAUUAUGCAUGGAUUCAGAGAUCCAGUCCAGAAUAUCGCCUCUAUGCAGAAAGCUGGUUAUCGUAUUUUCUUCCAAAACUCUCCAAAAUGAUGGUGAUGAAUGGUGGACCUGUGAUAAUGGUUCAAAUAGACAGCGAUUUAGGAGAUAGCAACCCCUGUUCCACCAACGAUUGGCUACAAGCCAUGUACAAAUUAUAUCUAGGUGAAAAAGCAGUUCUCUUCACAAUGGACAACAACAAGCAUUAUAACCUAAAAUGUGGAAGAAUACAAAACACUAUCUCAGCCUUUCGAACCGAUCCGUACGAGUACAUAAAAAAUUUCAGUCAAUCCGCACCUAAACUUUUCUCAUCAGUCAAAAAUAUCUCCCCGAAUUCUCCAAAACUUGUCGAACUCAGAACAGGUAUGGCCUGGAAUUGGAAUGGCCAAAGACUCUUAAUCGAAACUGAAGAUUUCAUAUAUACUUUGAAGGAGCUGAUCGAUUAUGAUGCCUCAAUCAUCAUCUACAUGUUCGCUGGUGGUACCAAUUUUGAACGAGCAGGAAGAAGCAAAUACACCAUGGGAAUGACAACAUCCUACGACUUUGAUGCCGUCAUCAGCGAAUCUGGAGACAUUACUAAGAAAUUUAGCAAGUUGACAUCAGUAAUUCCUGUUGCUGAUUUUACAACUCUUUACGACGAUGCUUCUGAUGAAAAUGACAGUGUCCGUGGCUCCUACGACCUCUAUGGUACGUUGACUUUUUCAUCCUUGGGAUCUUUGUUAGAUGAGGAAGUCCGUAACCGUUUUCAAGUUCGGGGUGUCGAAUCCUUGUACCCUUUACCUUUCACUCAACUGGGAGUUUCCAACGGGUUGGUUUUAUAUAAAACAACCAUUCCUGCCGAUUUUAAAUCAACAGAAUCAGUUUAUUUACAUUCAGUAGAUGUUAGCGAUAGAGGAUACGUUUACAUCAACAACAUCCUUGUCGGAAUUUUGGACAACACACUAGAGUUUUCCAUGAAGAUUGCGCCUCGUCCAGGCAGUACGAUUCAAAUUUUGGUGGAGAAUCAUGGUUACGAGGCUCAAAGUGUCAUUGGUGAACCGAAAGGAAUCAUUUCCAAUGUAACAUUGGGAAAGCAAGUUCUAACAAAAUGGAUGAUGUACGCUCUAUCACUUGACGACGUUAAACACCUACAGGAUGCUGCAAAGAGUAUGCAGCCCAAAAAACGAUUAGAAGAAGGAAACUCGUUCCUGUUGGCUACGUUCAGGGCUCCAAAGGAUAUGAAUCAUGCCACUGAUCAUACCUAUUUGGAUAUGACAAAAAAAUCCUUCAAAGGACAAGCUUUCCUGAACGAACGCAGUUUGGGGAAAUAUUGGGCAGUUGGUCCUCAAAAGGAUCUGUAUCUUCCAGGAUGUCAUUUGAAACCCCAUCCAAUGGAAAACCGUUUGCUAAUUGUUUCGAUGCAGAGAAAAAAAAUGUACUUUGACGAACCUGAGAGCCAAUUGAAAAUGAGAAGCCUAUUAAUACCAAAAAAUAAAGCCUUAAUGUAUGAAGAAGAGAGUUUAACUGUAUACAUCAUCUUGUUCUACCUUUACUCAUUUUGGAGAUCAGGGUAUGCUUUUCUGUGCUCUUAAAAAUUUAUAUAGUUUUGUAACGCAAUC